UUAUCACAGUUCAUCCAGUGAGACAACAGAAGAAAACACAGAACCAAACUUGAGAAAUAACAGCUGAUCCAGACAGAAAUCUUUCUCACUGUUUUGCUUACUUCGUCUUGGACCUGUUCUAAACUUGACUUUGGGCUUGAUUUCAGACUGAUUUUAGACUUUGCUGUUAUACUGGUUUUAUACCAGUCCAGACUGGGGUUGAAACUGAUUUGGAAAUGGUUUGUCCUUGGUUUUCAACUUGGUUGUAGGCUGGUUUGGUAGUAGUUUUAAACUGGCUUCAAACUAGUUUUUGGACUUGAUUGUAAAGGGGUCCCAGACUGGUUUUGGACUGAUUGGGAUUGGAUUUGGACUUGGUUUUUAAGUUAGUUUUGAACCGAUUUUACAGUUGUACACCUGUAAAGAUGUUUAUCAUGUCAGUCUUAUUAUUUCCAAUGACUCCUAAAACUGGAAUCACUGAAACACGUCUUACAACAAAUAAUCAUGCAUUUUGAUUCAUAGGUUUUAGACUACUUUUGUAUGGUUUUAGAUUGGUUUUAAAAUUGCUUUGUACAGAUUUUAGACUGUUUUUUAUGCUGGUUUUAUACUGGUUUUGUACUGUUUUUGUACUGGUAUCAGAUUGGUUUUGUACUGAUUUUAAACUGGUUUUAUGCUGUUUUUGGACUGGCUUUUCACUGGUUUUGUACUGAUUUUAGACUGGUUAAGUACUGGUUUUAGACUGUUUUUGUACUGGUUUUACAUUGGUUUUGUACUUGCUUUGUACUGGUUUUGAACUGGUUUUGUAAUGGUUUUAGAUUGGUUAUGAACUGGUUUUAGACUGGUUUUGUACUGUUUUAGACUUGUUUUAGACUGGUUUUAGAUUGGUUUUGAACAGCAGGAUGAAUCUGGGACAAUCAGACUCCUCCCUGAUGUGUUGCUGAUCUGUACAUGUACCACGUUUUAAGAUGACUGUUGACACAGUUCUUGACAUUAACUGUAAACAGAAUCAGAGUUUGACAUUAAACCAUAUCUGACAGGAUGAUAAACCAGUUUUAUUUAUUCUUCUUUCUCUUCCAGUUUGGUUUCAAAUGUCUAAUGUCUCCCUUUUUUUUUAGUAUUGUACAGAAUCAGACUGAGGCUGAUUUUACAGAAGAAGAGUGUUUCUGCUGCAGUCACCUCAGAUAACCUGCGUUGCUGUUCUCCCGCUGACCUGCAGGAGUCGCUGGAGGACUCAACGGCUCAUCUGGUCUCAACACGCGAAGCAGAACCAGCAGCUAAUCAGCGAUCGUUUGUGCUGUUCUGGCACAUGCGCAGUGCAGCAGUGUGAGCCGUGUUGAUAUGUCUGCCGCUGGGCUUUAAUGAAUUUUUCUGCGGGUCCUGGAGCUUCAGACCACCGACCGUCCGCCCCGGCCCGCCUCAUGGAGAACCCCAGAGACCUGGUGGAGCGUCCGUCCAGGAAGCGGCGGGACUCCUUCGGGAUGCUGGAUGGCCUGGAUGAGGACCGUAGCAGCUGCAGUACCGAGUCCAGCGCCGGCAGCGGAGCGUCCAGCCCUGAGGACAGCGAGGACGAAGACUUAGGAGGAGUAACGCAGCUGACACCGUCAUCCUCAUCUUCCCUGACACUCAUCAAGACCAACGGACAGGUGUACACCUAUCCUGACGGCAAGGCCGGCAUGGCCACCUGUGAGAUGUGCGGGAUGGUUGGCGUCAGAGAUGCUUUCUACAGUAAAACCAAACGUUUCUGCAGCGUUUCCUGCUCCAGAAGUUACUCCUCCAACUCCAAGAAGGCCAGUAUCCUCGCCAGGCUUCAGGGGAAGCCUCCCACCAAGAAGGCCAAGGUUCUUCAGAAGCAGCCUCUGAUGACCAAACUGGCCGCCUACGCUCAGCAUCAAGCCAGCCAGCAGGCCGGCGUCAAAAAGAACGUAUCUGUGGAGGUGUUCGACUGGGGCCGUUACCUUGGAGGUGGAGACGUGAUGGGAGCUCCAGUCAGCUGCUUCAAACAUGUGCCGAUGGGGAAGUCGUGGGGCGACAUCGGGGAAGGAGUUCGAGUCGAGGUUCCGAACACCGACAGUGGUCUUCCGAUGAAAGUUUACUGGAUCGCUGGGAUCAUCAAACUGGCUGGCUUUAAGGCGUUGCUUCGCUACGAGGGCUUCGACAGCGACUCCACCAGAGACUUCUGGUUGAACCUGUGUGUUCCUGACAUCCAUCCAGUCGGAUGGUGUGCAGCUGGUGGGAAACCUCUGGUUCCCCCUCAGACCAUCCUUCACAGGUUCACCAACUGGAAAACUUUCCUGAUUAAAAGACUGACGGGAUCCAAAACUCUGCCGCCGGACUUUUCCUCCAAGGUGCAGGAGAGCAUGCAGUUCCCCUUCAAGAAGCAGAUGAGGGUGGAGGUGGUGGACAAGACUCACCUGUGUCGGACCAGAGUGGCUCUGGUUGAACAGGUGAUCGGCGGUCGCCUGCGGCUCGUGUACGAGGAGUGCGAUGACGGAACAGACGACUUCUGGUGUCACAUGUACAGUCCUCUGAUCCACAGCAUCGGCUGGUCUCGAUCCAUUGGACACCGAUUCAAACGCUCUGAUGUGUCAAAGAAGCUGGGCGGUCAGAUGGAUGCACCUGGACAACUGUUCGCUAAGGUGAAGGAGGUGGACCAGAGCGGCUCCUGGUUUGAAGACGGGAUGAAGCUGGAGGCCAUCGACCCUCUGAACCUGUCGGCCAUCUGCGUGGCCACAGUCAGGAAGGUGCUGGCAGACGGAUACCUGAUGAUCGGCAUCGACGGAUCAGAGGCGGCCGACGGUUCCGACUGGUUCUGCUACCACUCCACUUCCCCCUCCAUCUUCCCUGCCGGCUUCUGUGAGAUCAAUAACAUCGAACUGACGCCCCCUAGAGGUUACACCAACCUUCCCUUCAGAUGGUUCGAGUAUCUGAAGGAGACUAAGUCUGUGGCAGCUCCAGUGAACCUCUUCAACAAGAACGUCCCUAAUCACGGCUUCCGUCCGGGCAUGAAGCUGGAGGCUGUCGACCUCAUGGAGCCCCGCCUUGUGUGUGUCGCCACCGUGACCCGCAUCGUCCACCGGUUGCUACGGAUACACUUCGACGGGUGGGAGGACGAGUACGACCAAUGGGUGGACUGCGAGUCACCUGACCUGUACCCAGUGGGCUGGUGUCAGGUGACCGGAUACCAGCUGCAGCCGCCGGCUGUAAACACAGGCUCCAGAGAUCUGCAGUCAGCAGCAAACAAACAGAGGAAGAAAUCUCAGCAGUACAAAGGACAGAAGAAAAAGAGGAAGUUGCCCAUCGCUAAGCGCCCUGUCAGCCUUUCGGGCGCCGUGGUAACCGGCGUUCCCAGGAGCCUAUCAGGAGACGAGAACGAGACUCCGCCUGACUACCCAUCGCCCCCCCCUCCAGCCUCAGCAGCGCAACCGACCACCACCAACCAGGACAGCAGCACCGAGGGCAGAGCAGGGUCUCAGGUGAAGGAGGAGAAUGUUGGAGGUUCGGAGCCUCAGAGGAUGGAAACAGAAGCCAACGGAUCUUCUGUUCAGUUCCAUGUGAAUGAUGACGAAGCAUCAAAACGCCACGGAGAGAAAAACCAGCAACGGUAGCCUCGGCAGCUCGAUUUUCACUUCAGUUUCAGCUUCAGAGACUUGAGGUGAGAGGCUAACAUUUAAGUUCGAGUUAAUGUCCAAAACGACGAAAAAUGUGACUCAUAAGCUGUCCAAAAUGCAAAAAAAUGGUCCAAAAUGACCCUAAAGUUGUCUAAAAUGGUGGAAAAAAAUGCACAGAAUGACAGAAAAAUGUCCAAAAUGACAAAAAACUUUCAAGAACGUCUUGAAAGUCAUCCUAAGAUGACUUGAGAAUUGUCUAAAAUGGCAACAGUUUGGUCCAGAAAGACUCAAAAGUUGAACAACUUGAGAAAAGAAAUGGUGCAAGAUGAGCAAAAAAAAUGUCCCAAAUGACUCUAAACUUGUCCAAAAUGAGAGAAACUUGUGUGAGUGUGAUUGGAUGAUGAAGCGUCAGGACACCAUGGAGAGAAAAACCAGCCAAUCAGAGCCACGGCAGCUCGUCUUUCACUUCCUGGUUUCAGAUAUCAGAGAGUUGAGGGUGUGAAGCUGAAAUUCAGAUGGUUGGAGUUCAGCAGAAAAUUUGAUAGAAAGUUUUAAAUCAUAUGAAAUGUGACAGAAGUUUGGUUGAAGGUGUUUUAUCAGAAUGUUUUCCUGAAUCACUUAAAGGCUCGUUCUGCUUUAUUUCUACGUGCUGUGUUUCCUGAAAAGACAAAAGCUCUCUGAUUCGUACAUGAAUCAUUAAAAAAGGGUCGGAGGUCCUUUCAGUUUGAAGAUUGGUUGUACAAAAUGACAAAAAAUGAUCCAAAAUGUCCAAAAUGACUGAAAAGUUGUUGAAAAAUUGUCCACUGUGAUGCAAAACUUCCAAGUCCAAAAUUAGUUGAAACUUGUUCAAAUUUUCCAAAAAUGUGGAAAAUAAGUGAAAAUAUGUUAAAAUGUUUUCCAAAAUGACUGAAAACUUGCCCCCCCCCCCCCCCCC